GAGGAAACGCGUUCCUUUAAGGGCGAACGAAGAAUUCAAUUAUUUUACACCCUUCAGUCAUAUCUGAGGCAUCGUUCAACGUCGGAUCAGGAUUGCAAAGAUAUUGCGAUAUAUCUAUUCGUUCGCAAUUUUAUCUUGCCGUUUUACCAUCGAAGUAGUGUCCCAAAUGUCUUGUCACUUAAACUCGUCAACGUUCAGAGAGUAAGCUAACCAAAGACUAUGUCGCAGUUCGUAUUAAAAUAACAGAACUAGAACUUGGAUACGAGGCAAACGUAAAGGUUGUAUACGAAUCACGAUUUGCUGUAUUACUUCUUGUUAAUAAAUACAUCAGUUUAAUCGAAAUUGUCUACAAAAUUGGUAAUGAAUUUUGUGCAGUGGAUAUAUGCGCUUCUCUGCGUGGUCGGUGCCAUGCCACCGUCUUCUUGGACGUCUUCGACGCAAAAGUCUUUGUACAAUGUUUAUUCACUAUUUUUGUUUUUCCUGAUACACAGCAACCUGAUAUCACAGGUAAUGGACAUUGUGUAUGUCGUCGAUAAUCAAGUCGAUUUCUGCGAGAACUUCUACAUGACACUGGGGAUCUUCACUUCUUGUUGUAAAUUGUACUGUUUGUUGAGAAGUCGCGACAACUAUGGGAUUAUUAUCAACACCAUGCGGUCGGAACCUCUGGUGCCGACCAACUCCGAUGAAGUCAAGAUUCAAUCGAAAUACGAAAAGUGGGCAAAAAGGAACUUGAUGAUCUACUUGACAUUAAUGGAAUCCUGUCUAGUAAUGAUGACUAUACAUUCGAUCUACGCAGAAUUCAAAAACAGAAAAUUAAUCAUGCGAAUCUGGUUACCCUUCGAUUUUAAUUCUCUACCGAGAUUCACUAUUGUUUUCAUUAUUCAAUUUAUAGUUAUGGCGGUCUGUUCGCUUGUUAAUGUUACCUGUGACAAUCUGUUCAUCGGCUUGUUGAUUCACACGUACAGCAUUCUCGAGAUACUCGCGCAUCGGAUGAAAGGUAUCAUAAAGUAUGGUAACCGUUCGGCUAGACAGUGCGCUCGCCUCCAUAAUCAUAUAUACAAAUUCGCUACGACGAUAAAUGAAGAAUUCAAAAUGGUAACGCUUCUUCAAUUUCUGGUGAGCACGUUACUGUGUUGCUUCAAUCUCUAUCGUUUCACGAAAAACGAAGACCCAUCUAAACUAUAUGAAAUUAUGCUUUUCUCAUUCAAUACAUACCUGCACAUACUAUUUUUCUGUUGGUACGGGAACGAAGUCCGAGAGAAGAGUCUCACAAUGGCGGAAAUGGUUAUCGACACUGACUGGGCAUACUUGGACAACGACUCUAAGAUGAUUUUCUUAAUGAUUAUGAAACGCUCAGCAAUGCCUAUCGAAUUUUCUACUGCAAAUCUCGUGUCCAUAAACCUCGAGUCUUUCAAAACCAUAAUAAAAACGUCUUACUCGGCGUUCAACGUGCUGCGUCGUUAACGUAAAUUGAUUAACCCAUCUGCAUGAACGUACCUCUCGAUAAAUGGAAAAAAUGAAAGGAAACCAGUCCCGAACAACACUUGAAGAACAUGCUUGCAAUACUCGGUAUGAACGGCAACACAUAUUAUAAACAAUUGUUGCCUCCGUCACAGUGUUUGUCAUUGUCUAUCACCUCAUUCACGAAAUAAAAUGUUUGAUAUCAACAGCGAGCAAGUACUGAACUAUAAACAAAGUACCGAGAAGAGUCUACACUGUCUUCCAAAUAUUUUUUGUUCUCUUUGAAAAGAAUUACGGUAUUAAAUUGCUUCUUUGUAAUUCAGGAUUCUAUGCACAUGUCGAUUCUUUAAUGUUUAUUUUAUCCUUAACAAGCAAUUAUUGCUUCCAUAAUUAAAAAUAUCAAACUAAACAAAAUCCAUAUUUUGUUUCUAAGUCUACAUACUCGUCGUAUAAGUUGGUACAGAUUUCUUAACAAUUGACCCUUUAAAAUAUUAUUAAGCAAUUUCGAAACGCACCUCGUCGAUGGUGAUUCGUGUAUGGAUAUUAUCCAGAGCCUUCCAAAUAUUAACCUCUUCUCCCAUCGCAGGAAACGUUUACAGAAUUCGAUUGUACACCGGCAAUUAAUACUGUUCUAGAUGUCGUGCUAAACAAUAGACUUUCUAUCAACGUUUCAUCUUUACAUCUGUUCGAAGAAAUCAAAUUUGACGCGUGUCGUCAAAGUCGUAUGGAUUUGAAGUAGACAGAUGAACGCAGAAACGAUAUCAGCUUAUACCAUUCAAAUAUUUAUUCUCUAAUUUCCAUUUAGAC